AUGAAGCUUGUCGCUGCUCUCGGGCUUUUGCUGCUUGUGAAAGAUGUUGUGAAUGGAGUCAAGAUCGAUCCCGCGCUGAUGCCAAUCCUGGAGCCGUUCCCGCUGACAUUAAGAUCAGAAAUAGCGGAAACAUACUAUCCGAUAUUGAUCACCUUUGUCGAGAAUGUAUCAAUAAAAGAAAAGCUUUUUGUAAGCAGGGCGGAGCAGGCCAUCGAAAUAUAUCCCAUGCUGCGCGAUCAAAAUGAGCACGCCAUUCAAAACUUGGAGCGUGAAAUGGCCGAAAUCAAGCAUUGGGAGCCUGUUCGAGCAUAUGCCGUUUCCAACUCGUGGCUCAUCAAGGGGACGAAAGAGGUCAUCAAAUAUUUGGCCUCGAAACAGGGCGUCAUUGCCGAGAUACACUGGGACAGGCCCUUCAAAGUGCCGCAGCAUGUGGUGAAAGAGCAGGUGCCGAUGGAGGGCAGCCAUGCGGGGCUUCAGGCUGACCAAAAGAUCGAGGCAUUCUUGUUACACGAGAAAAAUAGAAAAAUGGAAGAAGAUGCAAUCUCAGAGUGGAAUAUCCGCUACAUGGGCGCAUCUGACACUUGGGACAUCACCACAGGCACAGAUAUGAUCUAUGCAAGUGCUGACACCGGUGUAGAGUGGACACAUCCUAUCCUUGCUCCGCGAUAUGUAGCCAAUCUGUGGUAUCCACAAGGCCCCAUCAGACACGAUUAUGCCUGGUGGGAUGGCAUCCGAUCUGAGGGCACUUUCAAAGCAUUGCAGGUCGAAAAUGGCGCAGGCAUGCGUGGAAAACAGCUGGAAAACAACAAAAAGUCGUUUGGAUGCCCGCCAAAUGGAAAAGAGCCGUGCGAUGAUUGUGGACACGGCACUCAUACCACAUCUACAGCAGUCGGUAAGCAAUCCCAAAUAUUUUCUUCAGGCACCGGAGGCUACGGCGUUGCCCCCGGCGCAUAUUGGAUGGCAUGCCGCAACAUGGACAAUGGUGUGGGAUCGACUUCUACCUAUCUCAACUGCCUUGAAUUCUUCCUAGCGCCCACGGAUUUGGAGCGACCACAUGUGAUUGGAAACUCGUAUGGCUGUCCUCAGGAAACGGAAGGAUGCGCUAGCUGGGCUUUCAAUAAAGCCAUUUCUGCGCUCAGAGCGGCCGGCAUCGUAAUGGUGGCUUCUGCAGGCAAUACUGGCCCCAAAUGCGGGUCCAUUAGUGCCCCGCCUUCAUAUGAGCCGGAAGUGAUCUCAGUCGGGGCUACCCAAUACUAUUCAGACGAGAUUGCGCCCUUUUCGUCGCGCGGGCUGCCUGCCAUCUAUUUACGCAUGUCGUCGUCGAUGCAUCGGUUCAAGCCAGAUAUUGUGGCACCGGGUGUAGUCAUCAGAGGCGCAUACAAAAACGGGUCGUAUAUGACGCUAAGCGGAACUUCAAUGGCUGCCCCGCAUGUUGCCGGAGCUAUUUUACUGAUCUCGGCAGCCUGCCCGCAUCUUGCAAGAAAUGUGAUCGAAAUCGAGAAGCUAAUUUUGAGAACGACCAAAAAACUAUAUGUCACCUGCAAGGACAUGCUAUGUGGAAGUGAAGCGAUUGGACAGCAUCCAAACAGCAUUUACGGGCAUGGAAUCUUGUCUGUAGAGCAUGCCGUCCAAGCCUGCCUUUCCUUGGAUUAG